UGCUGCUGCUGCACACAUACAGCAACUGGAAGACAAAAUCAAGGAGCUGACAACAGAGCUGUCACAGCUGAAAGUGGGUGAAGUGCAUUUUCACCGAUUUUGUGUCUCAGACAAGGACAUCCUUUUUUACACAAGAUUCACGUCAAGAUAUGUUUUUUGUCACUUCUGGGAGGCAAUUCAACCAUCUGCCUCCAUGGUGGUUUAUUGGUCGAAAGCUCAGAAAAAGGGACAAACAUUUGAACCCAUUUCUCCCAGUCCAACGCGUAGGCUGCAACUGGUUGAUGAGUUUUUUCUUUUCUGCUGCAGAGUUGCUGCAGGCCUGCAAGAGAAGGUGCUGGCUGACAUGUUUCAGGUCAGUGUGUCCACUGUCUCCCGUGUUGUUAUAACGUGGGCCAACUACCUUUACCUGCUCCUUGGCUCCCUUCCCAUCUGGAUGAGUAAACAGCAAGUCAAGAACACCAUGCCAAGCAAAUUUGUGCAGUACAGUCCAGAUGUUCGGGUAAUCAUCGACUGCACCGAGGUGCGAUGCCAGAAUCCAUCAUCCCUCACUCUCCAGUCUGAGGUUUUCUCAUCGUACAAAAACACGACAACCUUGAAGGGAUUAAUUGGGAUUGCCCCAUGUAGUGCUGUGACUUUUGUGUCAAGUCUCUUCACCGGCUCCAUCUCUGACCGAGAGCUGACUGAACAAAGUGGACUGCUGGACUUACUGGAGCCAGGAGAUGGCUGCAUGGCAGACAAGGGUUUCACCAUCGAGAAGCUGCUAGCUGACCGUGGGGCAAUGCUGAUUAUACCACCCUUCAAGAUGACAGCGCAGUUCACCAAAGAGGAUGCUCUAAAAACACAAGCAAUCGCCCGACUUCGAAUCCUCGUGGAAAGAGCAAUACGCAGAGUCAAGGAAUAUCGCAUCUGGGAACACACUCUCCCUCUAACCUUGUCUGGGACAGUCAACCAGCUGUGGACCGUCUGCUGUGUGAUGACCAACUUCCAGGGACCACUUGAUUUAAAAGGCUACAUCCCUGUUGAAUAGUGUUUCCCCCGAUCACAUGCAUUCAACUGUAUACUGAAUACAUUGUAUAUAUUGAAUGAGAUGUAUAUAAUGAAUGAGAAGUCAUUCAUCUAUAAUCAAUUGUAAAGGUCAGUCCAUCCUGAAAGUAUUCAAAUAAUGUAAAUA